AUGUUGGUGCAAGCGAAAAAAGCAGUCAGCAAGCUCUUCGAACCUGACCAAUCCGAUGAGGAGUUGGCCAGAGCUGAGAGGCUUUUGGACAACAACCAAUCCCCUUACGGUGCCACCAACUCUUCUGACCGUGCACAAGAAGUGGCCAACGAAGAGGCUAUUGGAAACGCUGUGAAAAGCCACAAUGUGUCUGAUGAUGAAGAACUGUCGAACCACGGCUUCAUUUCCAGCUUUGACCCUAGAGUCAUGAGUGACAUUAUCAUUGGUCUUUCUGACGGCUUGACUGUUCCUUUUGCGUUGACCGCAGGUCUUUCGUCUUUGGGCUCCUCCAAAAUCGUCAUCACAGGUGGUAUGGCCGAAUUGGUAUCGGGAGCCAUUUCCAUGGGACUUGGAGGCUAUCUUGCUGCCAAGUCGGAAGGCGACUACUACAAGUCUGAAGUCAAGAAGGAGAAGCUCGAAUUUUUCAAGAAGCCCGAGCUCAUUAACCAGGACGCCGCCGAGAUCAUGUUGGAGCUUGGCGCCUCCGAAACCACCAUCGCAUCAUUCCUCAAGGAUUUGGACCUGAGCCCCAAAAACCUCAUUGACUUUGUCAUUCGCUUUGGCAAGGGCUUGGAAGCCCCCGCUGAGGGUCGUGAGUUCACCAGUGCCUUGACCAUUGGCCUGGGCUACUUUUUCGGCGGUUUUGUGCCUUUGAUCCCAUAUUUCUUCACCUCCGUCGUGAAAACGGGGCUCAUCAUCUCUGUCAUUGUCAUGCUUAUCACCUUGUUCAUAUUCGGCUACGUCAAGACCAUUGUCUCUCUUGGAGAGGACUGUGGCUACCGCCGGAAGAUCUUGGAGGGUCUUCAAAUGGUGGCCAUUGGCUCUGUCGCUGCCGGCGCCGCCUGGACGUUGGUGUAUUUUAUUGACAACUAA